AUGAGCACUAGAACUCCUAUUCCAACAUUCAUACUGAAAACCUAUUAAAUGCUUGAAGAACAAAAGCAUUCUAACAUAGUCAGUUGGACUGCUCAAGGCACUGCCUUCAUAGUAUAUAAUCAAUCGUAAAUGGAGAAAUAGGUUUUACAAAAUUUCUUCAAACACAGCAAUUAUUCAAGUUUUGUCAGAUAGCUAAAUCUAUAUAAUUUCAAGAAAGUUCGAUCAAAUGAAGGAUAAAUAUUUAAGCAUAAAUGCUUUAGAAAAGGAAUGAAAUCGAUGUUAUAAUUUAUAAAAAGGAGAAAUCAAGAAGAUCUUAUUGCUCCUGCCAUUCAGGAAGAACCAACAAUUUAAGUUAAGGAAGAACAGAACUUAUUUAAAGAAUGUGCCAUAGAUAUCAAGGAGACUAAUAAUAAGUUGAAAGAAGAUAUGAAAUUAUUAUAAGAAACAUCUUCCUAUCUAAUUGAUUAGAUGCAGAACUUAAAUCAUUUUGUUUACAAUUAAAGCGUCGACAUCGAAGUAAAAUUUAAAUAAGUCGGCUAAAUGCUUCACGCAAUAAAUGAAGAAUUAAGAUAAGAAAAUAAAAGUGAAACACAAACCAACAAAUUUUUAGGGGAAUACAAACCAAUUAAAGAAGACCAAUUUCAGGAAUCUAAAAUUGGAUCUCCAAAUCCCUAUGUCGAUUACAAUAGUACAGCACUUAAUCCUUUGGAUUAUGAGUGUUUCAUAGACUCAUUUUUGUGA